AGUUAUUUUUUUAACCAUGUUGAACAAACUUUGCUUGAAAAUUAAAACUAAAAAAUGUCUCAGCAUUACUUAUGGGACAUUUCGCUCGUGGUAAACGAUAUUUGCAGAGCAUUUUAGGCGACUUUGUAAAAAUCUUAGUAAUAAAGUAUCAUUAUAUAUCACGAGCAAGUCUUCCUUACAUUAGCUUUUGCAUUAUGUGAUGAAUAUUUUUUCUACAAGUUAUUCUUACACGCCACGCUUUAUGCUGUAGAGCUGUAAUUAUAGAAUUUCACAGCCCCAUAUUUCAUUCCUUCCCAUCUUAUUGCUGUUUCAUGCGACCCUUACCGCCGUUGGCUCCGUGUUGCUGUUCGUUCGUUUGUUUGUUUAUUGUUUGCUCAACAGAACACCUCACACAGUCCACAGUGUGCGUUUUGACGCAGCUAUCCCAUAACCCUCGCCGGCCAUGUAGAUUGGAACAGAAAGGCCCUAUUGGCUGUUGUCCAAUAUCGACGGCACUCGCGGAUCGUAUGGUACGCAGAUUUAGUGGUUUGAGGCAAAACUAAUUGAUUAUAUUAUUCCAUACGUCACACCCCCCUUCCCUCCUCCCCUUUGAUAUUCUUCCCCGCCACGCGCCAUUACCAGCACGUGCAGUUUCGUUGUCGAACUAUCUGUGUGACUAAAUAGCCCCGUUUUGUACAACGCGCAUAAAUCAAUGCAUUUAUGUCGCUUGCGCGACGUUUUCCAGCACCGCUGGCAAGCACCGAACCGUUCGAUCGAUUUGAAUCAAAAAUCGAUCAGUUUAUAGCUGGGUGUGGAGAGCAGCGAUGAAGCGAAGCCGUGCAAACGACACCCUGCUACUUACAACAUAGCACAAGUUGGUGCAUAAGUUGGCAAACAACGGCAAUGUGCUUUGUGUUCGGUGUGUGUUUGUGUGUGAAUAGAAUAGAAAGCAUACGGAAUUAGGAUGUGUGCGUGGGCAUGAUUUACAAUCCAAAAGUGCUAAUAUGCUGCAUCUGGACUGUUGAUCGUGAUCGUGCUUUCCAUACACUGACUCUGUAGUGUAGUGUGUGUUACAGCGGCAUUGUCGGGCAAAGGAUUUCAAACGCAUCGCAUUGUCAUGUAAUGGUUUCCAGCACCACCACCGUGCCCAACAACCCAGAUGGCCCGCGGACUUCGAAUGCAUUCACGAAAACAGACGACUGCAAUCUCGGCUUGAGGAAGUUUACCGAUGCAAUGGAAGGGCGGGAAACGAGCGCACCACCAUCGAUACUGCUGCCGGCCACAUCACCCCUGCUAGCAUCCUACAAUACUUCCACAAAGAAAACAACCCAUACCACAAAUAAUGGGCCAACGACAGCGAGCCAUGUCACCUCCGGCACGCCGGUGUCGCUCCGUCCCAAGGGCCACUACCGCUCAUCUUCACUUGAGAACAACCCAUUCCAUCCGCAUAGUGGUAAGCCUAUGGUCGGGCUUAACAUUGCGCAGGCAAGCUUCACCGGCACACUGAAAUCUCGCCGAGAGCAAAAACGGAUAUCCGAUUUCCUCAGCAAACAGUCGACGGGCCUCGGCACCGGCUCUAGUGGCGCGAGCUCGCUCACGUUGGUCACCGCGGCGCGAGAGCCACCGUCGGAGAGUAGCUUGCGGAAAGCCCACUUCGAGAAUAUUCGCGAGAUUUUCGAGAAAAAUAAUAGCAAAAAUGCCAGCGCCCAGCAGCACAGCCAGAAGUCAGCGAAGCUUACGGGCCACCAUCAAGUCACCAGCAGCACGGCCGCGGCAAUGAUGGCGGCCAAUGUCGCUACCGCUAGCGAACUUGCCAGCAACGGUGGCAGUGCCUCUACGCUCGGUAUACCGAUCGAUGAUAAACCUCCAAAAAUACAGGCUUGCAGCGGUAUUCUAGGGAAGGGCAAACAAGUGAUCCGUCCGAUUGCCUUCAAACCAGUUCCUUACAAAUGUAAUACACCAAAUUACGGUGCCCCAAUUGGUGGCCGCCUGACGGAGCUGAGCGAUCGGUACGGUUCGACCCCGUCGCUCGGUCCUACGAUGAGCCUGCAGUACAAAUUCGGAAGCACCACAGACCUGCACCACCUGCAGCAGCAGCAACAGGGCAGCAGUGGCAGCAAUGGUGCAACACCGAUCGCCUCCGUAGGACCGUGCUCGAGCAGCGGAUCGAUGGGAGGCGCAUCAUUUAGCACGUUCGGUGGCAGUAUGAUGAGCAACAGUUACCACCAGCACUAUCCCCAUCAAUACAGUACCUUAAUGCGUAAAGGAGGUUCCUCGACUAUACCCUUCAAGACGUACGAUAGUCUGGAGUCCAUUCUAAAGCUGCCGGAUAGCAUGAUGGCAUCCUAUCCAAAUCCCAGCCAUGGCCUGUAUCAUCAACAGGAUGUCCUCGAUAUGGCACCAUCACCAUCGGACUCGGGUAUAUCCGAACUAGAGGCAGCGCUGCGCGAUCGUGAUUCCGAGCUAGCCUACCUGCGGCAAACCAUGGAGCACAAUGAACAAGUAAUAUUCAAAGUUCAUCAGGACAAGGAGAAACACUGGGAGCAGGAGCUGAACCGACUGAAAGCGAUACACGAAAGCCGUUUGCGAGCCGGUGCUCAGAAGGUUCACAAACUCGAGCAACUGCUCAUGAUGCAAACGUUUCAGCUGCGGCAGGAUAAGAAGCGUUUACAAGAGGAUAACGCACGACUGCAAACAGGCAUAGCGCAAGCAAAGGAUCAAACUGAACUGCAUAAAUCGGAACUGGAGCAGGCCCAACUUACCACAAAAGAGCUCAAGGACCAAAACGGAGAUUUGUUGGACGAAAUUCAGAUGCUGCGACGAAUAAUCAGCGAUCUGAAGGAGCGCUUGGAGGAAAGUGAAUGGAACCUCUGUCAGAAAAAUGGUGAAAUAGCUCUGAUGAAAACUCAGCUCAAAGAUGCACAGGCCGAACUAUCGUCGAAAGACCAGGAAAUUGUGCAGUUGAGAGCAGACGUGAAGCUGCAACACUAUGACGACAUUAGUUUGAAAAAGUCUGAGAUAAAAAAGGAGCUUGACUUUGAUCUGGAAAUUUCACAACUCAAUCGCAUUGUUAUCUUCAAGGAUCAGAUCAUCGUGCUGAUGAACAACGAAAUUCAGAAGUUACGCAAGGAACUGUCUGACAUUUCGAUACUGCGAGGCUAUGAAGGUGCACCGACCGGUCGAUACGCGCGUUACAAGAAGAAGCUCGAGCUCGUUGCACAAAAGUUCGAGGAAACGGAGCUCCGCAACGACAGCAACAAUAACAAUCAGCUUACGAAUAGCAAUAGCGGCAGCAACAAACCAACAGACUCUCCAACGGGUGGGGAAACCACCGAGAAGCAAGCGGCUUCCCCGUCGGCAAUGAUCUCCAGCAGCGACAUCAUAAAGAACUAUUUCAACAGCAAGCUCGAAAUGGAUAAGAAAUUGUUUCUGAGCUCGCAGAUCUGUAACUACUCCGACGAGGACAAGUCGAACAUUAUCGAUGCGUACGGCAGUGGAAAACCGGUUGAUAUCACUGAUAUCACGCUCGAUUUGAGCAGUCUGCUGCCAAACUCUCUGACUGCGACGGCACAUAACCCAGUGGAUGAUGUACCAGUCACUACUGCCGAUAGCUAUAAUCAUCACCACAGCUCAUCCGACGAUGAUUACAAAUCCAUGACACCUACGCAGGAAGAGCAUGUGCCGGCAGAGGCGCACGAAAAGGAAUUGCACGUUUCUUCUGCCAAACCCAUCGAAAGCUCGGGCCUAAAGGAAGGAAAGCAUCAGCACAAUAGUGUUGACGAGCUAGAACGGCUUAACCGGGAGCUAGCAGCAUGCCGGGAAUGCUUCGAACAGGAAAAAGCGAAAUGGGCAGACGAAAAGGAAAAGGUGCUGAUCUAUCAGCGGCAGUUGCAGAAAAAUUAUGUCGAAAUGUGCAAGCGCACACAGCUGCUCGAGGAGCAGCUCAAGACUAUGCAGAUAGAACAAGGUCAUCGUGACUCUAGUCGAAACUAGAGCCCAUUUAGACAAUUGUGCUACGUCUAUACCAAGACGAGCACGGCUAUUAACGUAGGUUUCCAAGCGGACGUGAGCGUUUAUUGUGUUUGUAUUAUUUGCCCUCUCUUGCCAGGGCUCGUUCGUUUUGCUUGCGUUCUAACUUUAGGUGUGUUAGGAAAUACGUCGAAUUAAGUUAUGCACAUAGAACCGAUUUAGUUACAAUUACAUACACACAGGUGGUUUAAGUGAUUGAUUUUUUUUUGUUUCCAAGCGUCAAAUGAAUAAUAAUGAAAAGACAUGAUUCUCAAUCA